AUGAGGCUCCAAAACCUGAUCUGCCUGAGAAACAAAUGCAUCAAUCAGAAGGUAAUAAAUUUGGUGGAAUGGAUCACCCUAAAGGUCAUGACAAAGAAAUCAAAAGAGUACCACAUCAUGAUGCUCCAAAACAUGAUCAAUCUAGGAAACAUAAGAAUCAAUUUGAAGGUUAUAUAAAGCACAUGGAUCGCCCUGAAGGUCCUGACCAAAAAUUUAAAGGUGAACCACAACACCAGACUCCAGAAUUUGAUCAUUCCAAGAAGAAAAAUCAUCAAUUAGAAGGUGUGGUUGAUCACCCAAAAAGUCCUAACCAAAAGUUCAAAGGUCCACUAACUCCAAAACAUGGUGAAUCCAGAAAGCAAAAGAAUGAAGUUGAAGGCGAGGAUGAAUACAUAGAUCACCCUGAAGGUCCUAACCAAAAGUUCAAAGGUGUUCCACAACACCAGACUUCAGAAUCUGAUCAAUCUGACAGAGAGGUUGGUUUCAUGGAUCACUCUAGAGACCCUAAACCAACAUUUAAAGAUGCACCACAAUAUGAGGCUACAGAACCUGAUCAAUCCAAGAAACAAAGUGAGGUUGACUACAUGAAUUCUCCCAAAGAUUCUGUUGAUGAAUCUGAGAAACAAGUCACUCAAUCUGAAGCCAAAAGUAUCCCAAAUCCAGCCACUAAAAGUGCAGAUGACAAAGGAAAACAAAGUUUUCAAAACACUGACAAAGAGGUCCCUCCUGUGCUAGGAGCACAAAAAGAAACCACUGAAGGGGAAGAUGAAAUCAAUAGCACAGGACUUGAAAGAACUGAAAACGAGAAACCACAAGAUUCAUCAAGUCACUUAACUGCAACCUCCCAAGAUCGAGGUAAAGGUGAAAUUGCACCAAAGAAGAAGCAUUUUUGGAGUAAUUGGCCAGUUAUUGGUGAUGAUCCUAAGGCCUCUGUACCCAAGCAACCUAAAAUUGACUUUCCUGAUGAGAAACAGCAAGAACACAUCGAGGUUAAAGUUGAUGAAGAUAACAAACAACCAGCUGCAGAAGUUGUUCCUGCUGAAACUACAUCUAGUGAACCAAGUGUAGCAGCGAGUACUAAGACAUUGGAAAUUCUUAAAAGUGUUGUGUACGGUGGUUUGAUUGAAUCAUUAACAAGUCUCAGUGUUGUGACAUCUGCUGCUAGUGCUGAUGCUACCACAUUGAACAUUGUGGCUCUGUCUAUGGCUAAUCUAAUUGGUGGACUUUUCAUACUUGGUCAUAAUCUCGAGGAGCUGAAAUCUGAACAAGUGGAUCGGUACAUAGAGUUACUGGGUCAGAAGGAUAAUUUCAUUGUGCAUGCUUUUAUAGCAGUCAUAUCAUUCCUUGUGUUUGGAUUAGUGCCACCUGUGGUAUAUGGAUUUUCAUUUGGUGAGAGUGGUGACAAGGAUUUCAAACUAGCUGCUGUUGCUGCAGCUUCUCUACUAUGCAUCACUCUACUUUCCAUUGCCAAAGCAUAUAUUAAGAGACCAAGCAGCUACUUCACUUACUUCAAAACGNGAAAAAAAAAGAGUGCAUAA